GAACCAGUUGAAAAAGAUGUGCAGGAAAAACCACCCAAAGAAGUGGCUGAAGUUACUACAGACAAGCACUCUUCCAAGCCAGAGUCUGAUUCACUGGAACCAGUGAAGAGGCCCUCCCCUAUCGCAGGAACAGGAGAGGAGCUGAGGACUCUUAGUGAAGCUCUAGCUAGCUCAAGGCAUCAUGUUAAUUUUGUGAAGCGAGGUGGAGGCUACUUUCACAUCCUUCAACAAGAAUCAUUGGAGAGGAAGAAUGCACUGGAAGCAUCCCAACAGGCUCAGACCCUGGUAUGGAGAACUGACUUUGAGCCAGCCAUGUACUCCCUCAAUGCAGAGGGCCCACAACAAUUAAAAACCACUCGCUCUCAAGAAGACAACUACCUUGGGAUGUCAGAGAAGACAAAGAUGACCUUACAGUCCUUCAUUCCUGCUCAGACCAAUCUCUUGAUUCCAAGCUCCCCUGAAGCAAAAAGUGAACAUCUCUUCCGACAACUGUGUGUCAUACAUUGGCUUUUGGAAGCUUUGACUCUUGAAUCCAACAGUUCGAUGCGUCCCAUAUCGACCUGUUGGAAUCCAAAGGAUUGUGGUGGUUGUAAAAAAAGAGUAAAAGAAGAGGAAGAGUUAAAGUUAGCAACAUACAUGUGGGAGCGCUUUAUUACAAAGAAAAAGAAAUACACCUGGAAAGCAGGAUACAGACUACUUAGCAGGACAGUAAACAACAAAGUUACUCCAGGUAUCUCUCAGUUUAGCAGUCAGUCAUCUCCCCAGGGUCAAACCCCUCAAGGCAGUGAACCUUCCACUGUACAUUGCUCUGAAGACAACAUCAAGAUUAAUGAUGUGACUGAGUCAGCACAAGCUAAAGAACGACAACCUCUUUUACCCUCCCUACAGAAAUCAAUCCAGAUAGCACAUGGAGAGGUCUCAAAAGAUGUCUGUAAAGAAAAAGCUAUGGUUAAGAAGACUGGACCACAACGCUGCCAGAUCAACUCUUUCGUUAAAAGCAAAUCUAACUUGUCUGCUUAUAUGAGGCAGAGGUUCAUAGCAGUCCAUGAAGAAGCAGCUUGCUGUUUACAUGGUAUCCUAGUGAGCCUUGAGAGGAAGCAGGAAGAGCGAUGUCAUCGAAAAUACGAGGCUAUGAAACAAUCAAAGAACUUCAGAAAAGAAUUGGACAGAAUAAGACAGCUGAGCAUGAGAGCUGAGAGAGAACAUGAUGAAGACGAACUAAACUGGGCUCCUGUAUUGCUUGCCAGACUCCCAGAGUUUGUGAAGAAUGACCAUUAUAUCCAGAAAAUCUUAAAGAAACUGGAAAAACACAGCAAGAAUCCUGACUUGAAAAUUGAUCCAGACACCUUUCUUAAGGUUCUGGAUGAUCUACGCGUGUGGGAGUUGUGUUCUCCAGAAAUUGCUGCAGCUGUGGAGUUUGUACGUGAGAGUAUCGUGCAGAUGCCAGAAGAGGAUUUCAGCAAGUGGUUUCAGACAAAA